AUGUCGACUACCGAUAAGUCUCACGCCACAGGCGAAUCCAAAGUGCCCGGAAAGGUUCAGGAGAAGGCACCUAAGGGAUUGGAGGAUACCCUUCCAGAUUCGAUCCACCCCACCGGUAAAAACCCAGGCCAGUCUACCGACAAGACACACGCGAAGGGUGGUGGUGAUGCGUCGGUCCUACCUAAGAAGGUUCAGGAGAAGGUCCCUGAGAGUAUUGAGAGAGCCGUGCCAAACGCCAUUCAUGAUACUGGCGACAAGUAA